AUUAAAGGUGAGUUUAUGAGUGCGCGCGUGUGCGACGCAGCGGACGUAUACAAAAUCUUAGUGUUUUAUCGAGCUGCGUGAAAUGAACUAAGCGAACAGGAAACGCCAGUCGAGCUUCCUUUUUGUGGACCAAAGAGAACACUCUCAUUCACCAUGGGCCGGCUGGAUGAUGCAGCAAAGCACAAAGUGGUAGAGCUGAGGAAGGCUGGCCUGAGUUUGCGUAAAAUCAAAGCUGUGCUGGAGCUGGACAACAUCAAGGUUUCUGCUCAGGCCAUCUACCUGUUCCUGAGGGAGUUCCAGGGGAGGCCGCCAGGGAGGGUGAGACCUGUGGAGCCUGGAAGUACAGCACAGGGGCAAACUCAAACCGGGGCAGUACAACAGAGCUGGAGCAACAUUCAGAUCCAAAACCUUCUACCGUCUCAACAUGCUGGCUUUGCAGCAGCUGCUGACUUUGCCAAACAGACUUCCACCAACUCAGAGGGUACUGCAACUUCCUCUGGGGAGACCAAUGGAGGCAGCAGGAAAGAACAGCAACCUCAGGCAAAUAAGGAAGAAAAUGACAUCCAGAUUGUUAGUGUCACAUCACUCGCACAGCAGAGCCAACAGAGGGCUCCCCAGUCCACUGUACCAAGGUCAGAAACUGGUGCUAUAACUUCCACACCAGCCACUUCUGGAGUAUUUGUGCGGCGAAGAGUCACCCCUUCUCCAGCCACGAGUUCGAUCUUGGCAGCUCGAAAGAGACUUUUGGAUAAAGCAUUAUCACACAGAAUGAAGCAGUUUUCAACAGUGGCAUCAUUGUUGAGGAGAGAUCACACAAGUGUCCAAGGUGCUGAUCUGAGGAAUGCUGUGCCACAACCACCUGAAACCUAUGAUCUGACCACUGAAGAGACUGUUACAGGGGGUCAGCCUGGAAGUGGCAGCGCCCCUAGACGUUCUCUCACCCAGAGACCAGGGCUAGCUGUCCGUUCUCUUCCUCCUGCUCCUCCUCCUCCUCCUCCUCCUCCUCCUCCUCCUCCUCGAGUUGGGAUUCGUCUUUCUAACCGGCCACAAGUACCUUUGACAUCUGCAUCUCCUGGGGGCGCCGUUAUCCGCAUACAGGCCCCUGGGGGUCAGGGUACCCCUCGUGGUGAGGGGAAUCUGAGUCCUCAGCAGGUAGUCCAGGAUGCUGGAGUCAGAGGCGGUUUGCAGGAUCAGAUUCAGAGUCUGGGCUCUGAGGUGCGUGGCUUGGGCCUGGCUGUAAAGAUGCUUGUGGAGCAGCAGUGCCGUCUGGAGAGGGAACAAUCCCAGCAGACCCAGAUUCAGAAGCAGAUCCUCAGCACUCUACAGACCAUUGCCUCCAAAAUGGGACAUUGUAGCAGUGUUCAGAAGCCGCAAAACAAAACUCCAUCACCCUCUGCUUUGCCAGCAGCUUCUGCCUCUACCUCAUUUAGUCAAGACACCUUCAGUUUUAGUCAAGGAACCUAUACUCAGUGUAGCCAAACCCAGUCUAGCUACAACUCUUUAGAAAGCUUAGAAAAUGUAGAGGCCUUUAAACUGCCAGGACUCAGCCCUACAAGCAUGAAUGGGUUUCCACCAUGUAGCAGUGCUGACAGCCUUCCUCUUACUCACACCCCUCCUCAAACACAAACUUAUGCAGCUGCAUAUCAAACCAGUCAAACACUCAUGCCUUCCUACACACAACCCUAUGUCUCGACAUACAGCAUAGAGUCACAUCCUCAGACGUUUAGAGCAUUAGAUAGUAAAACAUCUGAUUUCCAAAGUAGUUGCUCAGCACAGCCUUUCCAGGACUGCAGUGUUUCCACCCAAAGAGCGCUGAACUCGAACCACUCUUCACAGGAUCAGCAGGUCAAUAUUAUAAAAGUGGAAGGACCUUAGAGGGCUUUAGUGUUUGAGGACCACAAGGGCUUUGAUGUGCUUUGUUUUCAGAGUGACUGUAUCGUUGUGAACAUGUUUUACAUGUAACAAUAAACGAUGUAGCAAUUUUUAAAAAUGUAUUCAUUUUCAAAGUACAUUUUCAGAAAGUACAAUUAGCAAUAGGAUAAAUUGAUUACAGUCAUUUAGUAAUAUAAUUU